CUGCUGUGCGUCUUCGUCCUACCUUUGGCGUAGUUCGUCGGAGAGCCGCCCAACGUCGUCUCGAUGUUGCCGAAGGGGGACGCCAAGCGAACGAUCUAGCGGAGCUUCGUGCAGAGCGUCACCGACAAUUUUCCCACACACGAUUGCGAGAAGGACAGCUGGUUGAAGACGAGGCAGGAGCGCGCCAGUUGCAAGCCCGUGAAGAUGCUCGCGGUAACCCGGCUAAUGGACCUGCCGCUGGUCAACCGGCUCAU